UAUACAGUGAUUUAGGUUUUUGAUGCUCCGGGCGGUCCCGUACUGUAAGGAAUCCAUCUUAUGUAACAUCACCUGUACAUGUUUACUUAUGAGGUGAUCGUAUGCAGAAUGUUUUCAUCGGUGACAACAUUUGGGAACCAGCAGUUUUACGCCCUAAAGAAAGAAUGCCAGAGGAAAAAGGAGCUCUUUGAAGACCCCCUCUUCCCUCCCAACAAUGAUUCCCUGUUCUUCAAGACUCAGCGGGUGCAAGGAGUGCAGUGGAAGCGGCCGAAAGAUUUCUGCUCGGACCCCCAUCUUUUUGUGGAUGGCAUCAGUGCACACGACUUACACCAGGGUCAGGUGGGAAACUGCUGGUUCGUGGCCGCCUGUUCCUCUCUCGCCUCAAGGGAGCCUCUAUGGCAGAAGGUCAUUCCCAACUGGAAGGAGCAGGAGUGGAAUUCGGAGAAGCCGGAGAACUAUGCCGGGAUCUUUCACUUUCACUUCUGGCGCUUCGGGCAGUGGGUGGACGUGGUGAUCGACGACCGCCUCCCGACCGUCAAUAACCAGCUGAUCUAUUGUCACUCCAAUGAUAUGAAUGAGAUGUGGUGCGCCCUGGUGGAGAAAGCUUAUGCCAAAUUAGUCGGGUGUUAUGAGGCCCUCGAUGGAGGAAACACGGCGGACGCCCUGGUGGAUUUCACCGGUGGGGUGUCAGAGCCCAUAGAGCUCUCCGAAGGGGAUUACAUCAAUGAUGAGAACAAGAGGAAUGACCUUUUUGAGAGAGUCCUGAAGGUUCAUAACAGAGGAGGACUGAUCAGCUCCUCUAUCAAGGCAACUUCAGCUGAAGAGAUGGAAGCUCGGUUGGCUUGCGGCCUGGUAAAGGGCCAUGCCUAUGCUGUCACAGAUGUUCGCAAAGUGCGACUGGGUCAUGGAUUGCUCGCGUUCUUUAAGUCUGAGAAGCUGGAUAUGAUCAGAAUGCGUAAUCCAUGGGGGGAACGAGAAUGGAACGGACCCUGGAGCGACAGUUCAGAAGAAUGGCAGAAAGUAAGCAAAAGUGAAAGAGAGAAGCUCGGGGUGACUGUGGAGGAUGAUGGAGAAUUCUGGAUGACUUUUGAAGAUUUUUGCAAGUAUUUCACAGAUAUCAUUAUGUGCCGACUUAUAAAUACCUCUUACUUGAGUAUUCACAAGACCUGGGAAGAGUCAGUGCUGCGGGGGGCUUGGAUCAAGCAUGACGACCCACUACAGAACCGGUCAGGGGGCUGCCUCAAUUACAAGGACACCUAUCUCCAAAACCCACAGUUUGUAUUUGACGUGAAGAAGCCUGAAGAUGAGAUUAUGAUUAACAUUCAGCAGAAAACCAAAAGGACGACUCGGAAAGACGGGAAAGCAGAGAAUCUGGCCAUAGGGUUUGUUAUUCACCGGGUGGAGCUGAACCGCAAGUAUCGGAUGCACACGCUGCAGUCAAAAGUGUCAAGUUCCAUAUACAUCAACUCUCGCAGCGUUUUCCUCAAGACAGAUAUGAAGGAGGGCCGAUACGUUAUCAUUCCCACCACCUUUGAGCCUGGUUUAACCGGAGAUUUCCUCCUCCGUGUGUACAGUGAUGUGCCUUCAAAUUGCUGUGAGCUGACCGUGGAUGAGCCUCAGAAGACGUGCUGGUCAGGGAUGUGCGGGUUUCCUCAGGUGGUCUCUCAGGUACACGUGGUCAGCGCUGCAGGACUCAAACAGCAGGACUCUCAGGGAGGCGCUGACCCGUACGUCAUUAUUAGCUGUGAAGGAACGAAGGUCCAGUCCCCGGUGGUGAAGGACACGCUGACUCCUCAAUUCGACGUGAAGGGCUUGUUCUACCGAAAGAAGCCGGGACAACCCAUCAUCGUCCAGGUUUGGAAUCACAACGUGAUCAAAGAUGAAUUCAUGGGUCAGGUGGUCCUGACGGCCGAAUCGGACAACCAGCCGUCCCAGCACAGCCUGCCCCUCCAGGACAAGGGCAACAAGAGUAACCCCCUGUUGGCCGGUUCCAUCCAGCUGGUUCUAUUCACCAGCAACAACCUGUCCGGGAUCUAAGCGUUCAUUCCGAUAUUGCCAUUAACCACCGGACGGUGACCAAACCCGGCGGGCGACCUUUUAACCUCCUGUCAGCCAUUGUGGCCUGUAUUUCCUAGAUAAGACUUAUAAUAUCCGUAUGUAUUCCGCCGCGGUGGUGGUGGUGGUGGUGACCGCUGUGCCGCGCGCUGCAUGUAGUAUGUGACUUUUAUAGCCAAAAAAAUUACAGGGAACCAGGAAUCGAAUUUUCACUUGUGUCCGAUGUUUCAUGUACCCGUAUAUAUAGAAAUAUAUAUAUAUAUAUAUAUAUAUAUAUAUAUAUAUAUAUAUAUAACCGAUAGGAUAAGCGGUGCCAUUUCAGAUUUCUUAUUGACCUCUAUAGUAUCAUAUACCCAGGAAUGGGGGACGGAUGUGCCAUUGUUCUGUAGAGAUGCCUCAGAGGUGAAGAUAAAGGGGUUCUCCGCUGGUCAUGUGACUAAAGAAACCCUAUGCCAUAUAAAGACCGGCCAAAUGCUGCUUGCCAUGUAUCUAGCUGUAGGAGAGAAUCCCUUUAAAGGGGAUUCCGGUUUCAUCUAAGUAAAGCUAUAUCAAAACUUCUGCUUGCUGUCAGUGAGUGGAAACCCAUGCAGACCUGAAGUAUCUCGCAGCUGAGGGUUUGCUACAAUUUUUCUCAGUCAAGACCAGUGCUUUUCCCAACAGGUGUGCCUCCAGCUGUUGCAAAACUACAACUCCCAGCAUGCCCGGACAGCCUUCAGCUGUCCGGGCAUGCUGGGAGUUGUAGUUUUGCAACAGUUUGCAAACGCUGGUCUAGUCAGAACUUGAUAAUCGCGUGGAUUUAUUAAAAGAUGCGCAACGAGGGGAAAGGACACGCAUCAAUGAAAUUCCGAACAUAGGGAGCGAAGUAUACUAGAGCAGUUUUUUUUGCAAACAAAUAAUUUUUACGUAGAGGGGGGUGUGGCUUUGUGGGCGCAAUUGAAUGUGAUGUGUUUAUCAUCUAAGUGCAGAAAAAGAAGAGAAAGCGAGCGCAAACUCAAGGAAAAAAAAUAGCGAAAUAAGGACAAUAAGAAAUAAGGUGCAACCAUUUGACACAACAAAAAAAUGUGCAAAAACAAUGAUAAAUUCACUCAAAGUAAUCUGGAAAUUAAAGGGGUACUCCGGUGGAAAACUUUUUUUUAUUUUGUAUUUUUUUUUUUAUCAACUGCUGACAGAAAGUUAAACAG